ACGCCGCGAGUGUAUAGGAGGCGUUUGUGCGUUCUUUAAAACAGAAUAACUUUUUAAAAAUUGGGUCAAUCUGUUUCCUUCUUCUUCUUUUUUUUUUUUUUUUUUUUUCGACGAGUUAGAAGAAUUGGGAAGAUCAACAAUAGGUGACGCGUAAAGAAAUAUCGAAAGAAGUACAAUUAGUCGGAAUCGCGAGGAAGAAAGUAAAGGUAGCUUUUUACAACUUUUUUUAGCUGCACCUGUAACGAACAUUCGAACAACACAUUUCGAAGAUUUCUUCUAACUCGUCGAGCAAAAUUCGAAUCGUUCGAUCCACGGUUCGAGACGAGUUAUUUCGUUCCAAAGAACGCACGAAACGAAAGAUGUUUUUACGGCGAGUGUCGGACUAUUUUCGCUGUCGAGCCAUUGUAAGUCGAAUUUUAGUUGCGAUGUCGACAAAUCAUUGAUUCAGUGACGGUGAAUUUUCUUUUUCCUGGAUGUGACGCGGAUGCGCAGAAACUUUGACGUCAAAGGUUCCCGCUGAACGAACAGGACCUUCCGGCUGUCAUGGAUAUUGAUUUUCCUUGGGCUUCGAGGUUUCUAGAGCAGCUGUGCGUACCACCCAUCCAGCGCAGACUCCGGCUAUUCUCAAUAUGGCUGUCUAUUGUGCCCAAAUCCACUCGUUUCGCGUUGCAACGCGCUCGUGGCGAUACACCAGGAUGCGAUCAAUGCGCCAGGAACAUCAGCCGAUCGCGAUUUAAACAGCCGAAUUUAUUUUCGAAUCUGACGCGCUGUACGUUAUCAACAUGGCCGAUACAUGUGCCGCUGUCACGUGCUUCCUGAUCGUCGCGUCCAUCUCCAUCGUCGCAAGCGUCAAUGGAAGCGAACAAUUUUAACGAUCGGCAUAUUUUUCGAUACUCGUGAACAAGAGUGUACAGCCCGGACGUUUUUGCACAUGCACAUUUCUCUCAAACGCACAAACAUCCGCAUUCCGCUUACAAUACUAAAAUUUCGCUGGAAACAGGGAAACGUGAGAUCAGCAUCCUGGAAAUCUGCGUGUUAUCGUUUUCGUAGAAGUCAAGAGAAGUCAAGCUUCGGUUGAACGUCGAUCCGACCUCGCCAAACGCAAGAUCGCAAAGUUCUUAAAUUUCUGCAAGGUUCUAACGGAAUUUAGGGUCUUGUUCCAAUGGAAAACACACGUUUGUUUCUACGAAUCAGUCUGAAUUAAAUUUCCACAACCGUGAAUAAAGGAAUAUGAUUUAUCGUGCGAUGGCGUAUCGUGUAAUGAAAACUAAGAGAGAAAAUGAAAUUUUUUUUUUUUUCGUAGAAGACGAGAGACGACAUCGCCUUGUUAAGAGGAAAUAAAACCAUUCUAAGAAAGAAUAACGAUCGUCGUUAAGCGUAAUGUAAUUUCUUUCUGAAGAGACAUACUAAUCUAUCGCCCACACGCGAUGCCUCGAUGCUAAGCAUCUCUCAUUUUGCAUCUCGUUCGUUGCCAUUCGUCUCGUCGUGUGAAACGUAAAUAAGAAAUAUUUUUUGUUCCAAGAAGCAAUUAUUCAAACAACAAUUUAUCAAUGGAUAAGAGAAUCACAAAUGUCUUUCUCUUCUUUUUUACUCUUACUUAUCUGAAAUUCUUUAUCUCCUAAUUUCGAUUAACCAUUUUACAAAACGUAGGCUGUUGUCCGUUUUACGUUUAACUGUUAUGAAAUUUUACAGUCCAUUUACGCAAUAUUGCAAGUAAAGUACAUUUUGCCAAGAGUAAUCAAGCGGCUGUCUACUUCUGAACAAUACUGUACCCAAGAGCUACUUACAGUGGCUACAAAAAGUAUUUCUAUAUUAUUUCUACUAUCGUGUUUAUCCCAGCAUGAAAAUCGAUUAUAUUAAUCGAAAGUAUACUAAUUGUCCUCUGUCUGCAAAAACCUUACCUUUACUGACAUUUACACGCUGGCUCGUUUAGGAUCGUGUGAUUUCUGUUUACGUUCUCUCGUGUUUUAAAAAGUGUGCUCAAAAAUUCUUGAAUACUCUUGCAAGUUCCUAGAAUAUCUUCCAGUAAUUUUCACGUCGAUAUACAUGUGAAUCUUUUUAAACGAAGCAGAAUCUAAGCAAAAAUAUGAAUAAAGUGGAAAAUUACUUAAAGCACUGGUCGAAAACCACCCGCUAUGCAGAUGGACAGAUAAAUUUCGCGUCGCUUGAUAGUAUUAUACUACUACAACUACGACUACAAUACAAACUAUUGACACUAGUUGAAAGUGAAAUGUAGCGCCUGAUGAAAAAAAAAUACUUGUGCGAUUGGAAAAGAUAGAGAUACGUAAGUAUUAGCAUUAGGUUGUCGCAAAAGUUUCUUUCGUUUUGUAAGGAAAUAACAAAUGUACAUUUCUCGUAUCAUAUUAUGUUAUUGAAUUAUGUAUAUGUCUAUUUUGCAGUAAUAGAAUCCAGUUUAUUUUAUUCAUACAGAAUUCAAUAAUAAUAAUAAUAAAAUACAAAAUGUUGCGCAUUCGUUGUUUCCUUAUAAGACGAGAAAGAAGCUUUUGGGACAACCUAAUGCGUAUAAGUACCUUUUCACAGCCACUGUAUAACAUUAUAAAAGAUACUGAUGAUAUAUCGGAUAUCGUUAGGCUGUAGCUGCACAGCCACCACGCACCGAGCAUCGCAAAUAUCGAAAGCCCUGAAGAAAAUUCGAAGAAUAAAUCGGCGCGAGAAAGCUGUAAUUUUAUAAAACUGAAUUAUAAUCGACGAGACGAGUAAACGCGUAACAGGUGUCGUAGAAUAGAAAAAGGUUUGUUUAAUAGGCAAAAGAACGUUUAAUGUAAAUUUUACUUAGAAUUCAUAUACGUAAGUAGAUAUGACUUUUCUGCCAGUCACUGUGCAUUAUCUGACAUAAUUUAUCUCUCGUACUUAUUCUUUCAUCCAGGCAAAGGAAGCUGUCGGAACAGAUUUAAUUCCCGUUCAUUAGAUUCAUCGCCUUACCGAAUACGAUAUUCUCGAGUUCGCGGUUCAAGGGAAAGCGAAGAAUUCUGGUGGGGGCGAGUGCAACGUUCAAGAUGAAAUCCUCGGCCCUUGUUAAAUCGUCUCGGUCGGGGUCGAACAAUGCGUUCGCCGGCAUCCUCGUUUCUCGGUGAUUGCACAUAAAGCUGCCAUUAUUAGAACUUCAGUGGGCGGUAAGCGCUGGUGCUUUUUCCAGUCUCGCGUUCGCGCUUACUCUUACGCACAAUUCGCCGCUGCACUCGCGUGCGUUUCCAGCCGCGUUCUUCCGUCCAUGUGGCUGCCAGUCGUAGCACGAAGCUCGUUCGUCGCGUUUACUCCACUUUUUCCAUCGAAACGUUUCGUCCGGAAUAUCGCGUUCGACUGCACGUCCAAUUAAUUAUCGUAUUUUACUUUCGCCGAUGGUGCAUCGUUUUCAUGGGGAACGUUUAAAUUUCCACGUGGUGCCACGUGGUGGAAAAAUUGGCCGCCGGUUGCUGCACGACGCUCCUUCGUCGCGUUUGCUCCACCUCUUCGGCGAAACGUUCCAUCCGGAACGUCGCGAUCGACACGAGAUCGAAAUUAAUUAUAUUCUACUUUCCGCCAUGGUGGAUCGUUCCUGCGCGAAAGAAAAUUAAAUUCCUACGGCACGUGGUGAAUAAAUUGGCCGCCAGUCGCUGCACGACGCCCCUUCGUCGCGUCUACUCCGCUUUCUCGUCGAAACGUUCUGUCCGGGAUAUCGCGAUCGACCCAAGAUCCGAUCGAUCGUCUCAUCCUUCCGUCCUUUUCGCGAAAGUCCUUCGAAUUUCUGUAACGCGCGCGUGGAAAAUAUCGGCGCGAAUCUUCCAGUUAGUGAGAGAAUCUUUGGCUCGAAUUUGAUGAUUCGUUCGCGUGGGAAUCGCACGGCGAGGCGUGCGAUUGUCGCGAUCGCUCUUAUCGCUCGCUCCACUUACGUUCCGCUUCGUUCUACCGACUACUAGUUUGCUGCAUUCCCGGUUACUUUACUGCUGGUGAAUCGUUAAUCGACGCGAGUUACCGCGUCGACGAGUUUGUUACGAUACGCAAGUACAGUGGAAAAAGGAGUUUAGCGAAACGGUUUCGCGAAGCUUAACGGUUGGACGAAUCGAAAGGGAUCGAAAGGAAUUGGAAGUCGUUCUAAGAAUUCUGUCCGAAGACAGCUUUGAGAACGCGAACGACGAUUGAAAAAAGAAGAAAUUGAAAGACGUCGAAGGAAAUCGAGAAACGCUCGAAUUCAACGAGGCAGUUUCGUACGCCUAGAAACGACGAUCGAAGGAAAUUGAAAAAGAUUCUGAUAUAAAUACGUGGAGCAAGUAUUCACGGUUAAUCUUCGCGAUAAAGCACUACCUACCAAACCAUCGUAUUCUAUGAUUUCAUUUUAUCUCUGGCAUACCGUAGAAUCGUCCCCUUCUCCAUUAUACGAUCGAUUAAACAACACCCUGUGUAUUAAAAGCAACGAUUCACCUUCGCGUUACUUGCACGCGAGCUACGUGAUAAAGCGCGAGACAUUGAAAAUGUUAGAUCGCGAGAGUAUCGUCGCAUCCGCGUCUAUAUGACACGGUGUUUCGAGCGCGUUACGAACCGGCGAAUUCGAAACGGCGAAACGAAAUGAGAAUAUCGGGUCUGCGAACUAGCUCCUUUCGUCGCGAUAACUACGUCUGCGAGUGAACGAGCAUGCCUGGCGAGUUUCGGGCAGCCAGAAAAUCCUAUUGAAAUUUCGAUCAAAGCGCGCGAGAUAUGACGCAAUCGAAACUUCCCAGUUUUCUGCUCGCCACGUGGCUGCUCGGCACGAUCGCUACUAAGUCGCGAAUGAGCGACUUUCUGCAAAGUUUGCAGGAGUACGAGAUCGUUUACCCUCGAGUGAUCCCGAAUGCGAGCGCGCGGAACAGAAGAUCGACCCAAGAAGACCGAGAAACUUGGCGCGAGUAUCUCCGCCGAGAGCCGGUGUUCCUCGAGAUCAGCAACUGGACCUUAAGGACCGUGGCCAACGAUCGAUUGAUACUGUCGUCGAAUUUCACCGUGAAUUGGGUGCGCCAGGGUAAAACCAAGUCCGAGCGACAUAACGCCAAAGCGAACUGCGAUCUUCGACAAGGCAGCUUGGAAGGAGACGCGAGUUCCUUCGUCGUCGUGACGAUAUGCGAAGAGGAAGUGUACGCUUUGAUGUCGAUCGGUCAGAGAUCGUUCUUCGUUCAGCCACUGACGAAUGGCCAGCAUGUGAUGUUUCAGCCGAAAAACGAAAGGUGGCGGUCGAUCAGGGAUGAUUCGAGCUUCGUGUCUGUGAAUCCGGAAAAUCCUGCAGGGAAAUCGAAUAAAUUUGAAGUUAGAGAAAGUAAGAGAAAGUCGAAACGAAGGAAACGCGAUUCCUUAAGCCACGAUGUUCAGGGAUUUUAUAAUCUUUCCGGUGACGUCUUCGACGUGGAAUACCCAGAAGCUGAGAAAUUGAUUCUGUACGAUGAAAAAGACGAUGUCCCCGCAGAAUACAACGAUACGAUAGUGGAAGAAUUAUCGAUCGACGUAAAUCCCGAGGAAAUUGGAUACUUUUCUGGUCCUAAAUGGCAAAGGAACAGAUUAUCGAAGAAAAGACCAGCAGCUAGAGAUUCGCCGCCACGAUGGCUAGAGCUUGGAAUAGCUGCUGAUUAUUCCGUGGUAGAUUUUCAUGGAAUUCGAGUACAGCAAUAUAUCUUGGCUCUUUUAAACAUCGUCAGUGCAAUUUACAUGGACCCAUCGCUCGAAUCCAACAUGAUUCUAGUGAUCGUACGAAUGAUUUUAUACGCGGAAAAACGAGACGGUAUGGUCCGCCGUGGCGAUGCCAGACGAUCUCUCGAGAACGUGAACAAAUGGAACAGAAAGAUGCUGUCCUCGAAGGACGUAAAUCACGAUGUUGCGGUAUGGUUGACGCGGUUAGAUAUAGGAGGUCCUUCCGGUUACGCACCUGUGUCAGGAGUAUGCGAUCCCGCGAGAUCGUGCGCGUUAAAUCGAGACGAAGGCUUGACCAGCGCCUUUAUCAUCGCUCACGAAGUAGCACACAUUCUAGGUUUGACUCACGACGGGGACGAAACGACCGGAAACGCGUGCAAGGAAGAGGGAUCUCGAGGAAGCGUAAUGGCACCGAUGGUCGCUGCCACGUUCCAUCAUUUUUAUUGGUCCGCGUGCUCAAAAAAGGAGUUCCAUCGUAGAGUGAGACGGUGGUCCUGUUUGUCGAAUAAGCCGAAGCACGAUGGCCUCUCCCAACUGAGAGACACCAUUCGCGAGACGUUCACGAUGGACGAGCAGUGUCGCAUGGAAUUCGGCGAAGGCUACGAGCACUGCAAGACCUUCGAUGUGGCAGAACCGUGUUCUCGUCUGUGGUGCGGUAACAGUAACGUGUCCGAAAGCUGCAAGACUAAGAAGGGACCGCCUCUGGAGGGCACAUUAUGCGGUGACUCGAAGUGGUGUAUAAACGGUCGAUGUCAGUCGACGAAUAGAAAGAGCUUCGAUUUUGGUAUAAUACUAAAUAAACCGAGAGACGGAGGUUGGAGCGCUUGGAGCGGCUGGGAGAAAUGUUCGAGGACUUGCGGAGUAGGAGUGCAGUGUCGAACGCGAAAAUGCAAUAAACCUUUGCCUGCUUACGGCGGGAAAUAUUGUUCAGGUGCCAGCGAUGAUUGCAGACUUUGCGACCUACCGAAGUGUUUAACUCCCGUCGACCUCAGAGCUCAACAGUGCACCAAACUCGGUAAUAUUUUAUAUCUGGAAAGAGUUCGAUCCAACAACGACGUGACCUGGCUGCCGUACGUGUCCGAUCAGGAGAAUUUGAGAUGUCGAUUGAUCUGCAAAAGCAAAGAGACAGGCGAGAUAUUUCACACCAGGAAGCAUUUGAUCGAUGGCACGCCAUGCACCUACGGAUCCACGAAUAUAUGUAUACAGGGUGAGUGCCAUCGGAUGGGAUGCGACCGUGUGUUAGGGUCGAAGAAAGCGUUGGACACGUGUGGAGUGUGCGAUGGUGACAAUUCGAGCUGCGAGAAUAUCGUCAACAAGUUUCAGCGGAAGCUUCGACGAGAGGUGACACGCGUCGCUGUGAUACCACGCGACGCUCACAAUUUGAACAUGAACAUCUCGAUGGCUGGCUCUCGACUUUUCCAAUCGGAUGAUUUAACGAUCGUGAUAGGAGACGGUAGGAGAAGACGCAACGUGCAGGAGAAUCUAGCUUCUCGUAAACGAGAUUUAACGAUCGUACAAGGUGCUGCUUUUCGCGUUCAGAGACGCGGUAAUAACACGUAUUUUAUACAGGCAGAUGGUACUGCGUUCGAAGAUGUCGUGGUUUUGGUGGUGGUGCCGAGAAACGUACUACAACGAGGAAUCUCGACCUCAGUUUCGUUGGAAUAUUCCCUAAAUCGCGAUGAGAGGAAUGCAAAGGAUAGAUACGUAUGGCUAUUCGGAGGUUGGAGCUUCUGCUCGGUCAGCUGUGGCGGUGGUACGCGUCAGAAGAUGAUAGUCUGCAAAGACGAGGAAACCGGAAGAAUAGUGUCGCGAAGAAAAUGUCCACUGACAACCAAACCGAUUCAAGAGAUAGAGAAAUGCAACGUCUUUAGUUGUACUUUCAAAUGGCUACCAGGUCCGUGGGAAGCGUGUUCAACUACGUGUGGAAGGUUUGGUAUGCAAUUACGACAACUUUACUGCGUUCGUUCGGGGUUUAAUGGUACAGAGGUAAAUAGAAACAACGAAUUAGAAGUGUAUCGAACGAUGGUACAGCCAUCGAUAUGCGAAACCAGCCCUAUGCCUAUGAGCAGCAGAGAAUGCAACAGGAUACCGUGUCCUGGACAUUGGAUAUUUACGAAUUGGUCCUCGUGCUCGAAGAACAACGGAAAGGAUAUACAGUCGCGAAUAGGCCGUUGCAUUCCUCCGGAAAACGAAUCGUUUUACAGGUGCGACGGGCCAACCGUAAAGACGGAAAUACGUUCUUGUACGGAGCACGUGACCAGGGCCAUCGAAUUUCCAUCCCGUUGCUGGAGAGACAAGAAUCGAUUUUGCUCUAUACCAAGUUUGAAACGUUACUGCGACGUGCCGGCAUUUAAACGAAAAUGCUGCCGCUCUUGUGAAAGGAACGAAACCUUGGAUCUGUCCAACUCUUUCGAUCGGAAGCACCGUAUACUGCAAACUUAAAUUGCAUUUAAAAAGUUCGAAAUGAAACGUUUGACACGUUUAUUGCUAUUUGUGAUAAAUUGAAUUCGUAGAAAGUCGUAAUAAACGAAGCAACGAAAAUUGGCAUUGAAAGCUAUUAAAAACAUAGAACAAAUUGUAUUUAUACCGUGUAAAAUUUCUAACAAGUUUCUAAGAAACUUUAUAUUUGUGUUGUGUUACAUCCGUUAGCGUAUCAUAAGAAUCGUAAAUAUGAAACCAUCUUUUCUUUAAUUAAAUUUUCGAUUCUGUACUUCUCGUACUUACUUCGACAGAAAAAUGAUUACUAUUACUGUCAGAAAAGAAAUAGAGAUAGAAUCAGUAUGUUCUAGAUACUAGAAUAUGUCGAUAUAUGUAUUAUUUUUAUGAUAUAUUUUAUAUUAUAUAUUUAAAGAUAAUUUAUUUUUAUUUUAAAGUAUAAAGGAUUUGACAAAACUGCUGAUUACGAAUAAAUUUUGGCCGCUACAAUUCAAUAUCUUUAAAAGACUAAGAUAUGAAUUCUUUAGGAAAAUACAAAGUGUUAAUGAAUCCUGUAGCUAAUAAUUCUGCCAUUAAACGUUACGUUAAACGUUAAAUAUCAUCCUUCCUCCCCCCCCUAAUGCAGUAAAAAUUGUUGUAUACAUAAAAUUGUAUCACAUACAUAUGUACUAUAAUUAUAAAAACCAAAAUUUAAUUUUUGAAAAGAUGGUUUUAUACCUUCGGUAAUUAUUGUAUUUCGAUACAUAUCUUUAGGAGAUUAUAUCUUGUGUAAUCUUCUAUUAGGAUAUUAAUAUUUAUUUAUUAUAUAUAUCUUGUAGAAUAUAUAAACAGUGAUGUGAGAAAAAUAUUCACGAAAAUUUGUUUAGUAUUUAUCUAUAAUCGUUUAUUUAAUAAUUUAGCUUAAUGUAUUAUCUAAAAUAAUAUAGCUCCUUAAAAAAUUUGCAGUUUGAAAAUGUGAACAAUGUAAAUUCUCGUUGCUUAAGUUAUUAAUUUUAAGUUAUUAAUAUGUUUGAACUUCAAUUCUCAAUAAAUGUCAGAAAUAUCACAAAAUGAUAUAUACAGUUAAAAAUGAUAAUUCGAGUUAUGUGGAAAAAAAAUUUUAAUAAAAAAUCAAAAUUGGUAAUACACUCGUAAAAAUGAAGCAUAUACACAUAUAUGUGUAUUAACGCUGUACGUCCCGAAGGUACUAAAACGUGAGGAUUUUCGUAGGUAAUUUUAUGACACACUGAAUAAACAGGUCGUAGCAUUAAAUAAAACAAUUUCAUACUUAAUAUUUAAUAAACAUUUCAUAUGUAAUAAACUUUUAGAGUUGCAGUAAAAGAUGUGUUAUGUACUCCGUAUACAAGUCAUUCGUAUUAAUAAAUUCUGAUUUCAUGGUUAAAUUAUUAUAAAAUAUUAUUCUGAAUGUAGAAAAUACAAAUUAUACAAUAUAAAAACUCUAAAACUA